AUGGCCGCCAACGCCAUGGAACAGCGGCUAGGCAGCCUUCUGGUCUUCACGCGAGAUGAUUUCGAGGAUGACUGGCAUCGAGUAGCCAGCGGUGGCUUCGGCCAGGUGUUCCAGGCCCGGCACAAGCGCUGGAGAACCCAGUAUGCCAUCAAAUGCUCCCCGUGCGUCCAGCACGAUGCCAGCAGCUCUGAUGUGAAUUGCCUCAUUGAAGAAGCCGCCAAAAUGGAGAAGGUCAAGUUUCAACACAUUGUAUCCAUCUAUGGGGUGUGCAGACAGCCCUUGGGCAUUGUAAUGGAGUUCAUGGCCAACGGCUCUCUGGAGAAGAUGCUGCCUGCCCACAGGCUUGGCUGGCAGCUCAAAUUCCGCAUCAUCCAUGAGACCAGCUUGGCCAUGAACUUCCUCCACAGUAUUAAACCACCGCUGCUCCACCUGGACCUCAAGCCGGGCAACAUCCUGUUAGACAACAACAUGCACGUCAAGAUAUCUGACUUUGGCCUGUCCAAGUGGAUGGAACAGUCGACCCGGAUGCAGUACAUCGAGAGGUCAGCUCUUCGGGGCACGCUCAGCUACAUCCCGCCUGAGAUGAUCCUGGACAGCAACCAGGCCCCGGGGCCCAAAUAUGAUGUGUACAGCUUUGGGAUUGUCAUCUGGGAGCUCCUCACUCAGAAGAAACCAUACGAAGGGCUCAGCAUGAUGGCCAUCAUCAUCCGUGUGGGCACGGGCAUGCGGCCCACCGUGCAGCCUGUCUCUGAUGAGUGGCCAGGCGAGGCUCAGCAGAUGGCAGACCUGAUGAGGCGCUGUUGGGACCAGGACCCCAAGAAGAGGCCAUGCUUCCAAGAUAUCACCAUUGAGACAGAUAUGCUUCUGUCCCUGCUCCCGAGCCCUGUGGCAGAACUGGAGAGCGAGGCCCUGGCUCGGAAGGUGUCCUGCAAACCAUCGCUGCACCGGGCCAGACAGGUCAGUGGAGAAGUCAGCCCGGAGCUAACAGACAACGACUCGGGAGACUACUUGAGGCAGGUGCUGCAGUGCUCCGACAGCGAGAGCUUGGUCCCCAGUGAUGAGGAACUGCACGUGUAUGAGAACAAGGUGACUCCUCUCCACUUCCUGGUGGCCCAGGGCAGCGUGGAGCAAGUGAAACUGCUGCUGGCCCACGAGGUGGACGUGGACUGCCAGACAGCCUCUGGCUAUACCCCUCUCCUCAUCGCCGCCCAGGACCAGCAGCCUGACCUGUGCGCUCUGCUCCUGGCGCACGGCGCAGACGCCAACCUGGCCGAUGAGGACGGCUGGGCCCCGUUGCACUUUGCGGCCCAGAAUGGGGAUGACCGUACUGCCCGCCUGCUUCUGGAUCACGGGGCCCUCGUGGAUGCCCAGGAGCACGAGGGCUGGACUCCACUCCACCUGGCCGUGCAGAACAACUUUGAGAACGUGGCCCGGCUCCUCGUCUCCCGCCAAGCGGACCCCAAUAAGCAGGAGGCUGAGGGCAAGACGCCCCUCCAUGUGGCGGCCUACUUUGGCCACGUCAGCCUGGUCAAGCUGCUGACCGGCCAGGGGGCGGAGCUGGAUGUUGGGCAGCGGAACCUGAGGACUCCGUUGCAUCUGGCUGUGGAGCGGGGCAAAGUGAGGGCCAUCCAAUUUCUGUUGAAAAGUGGGGCGACCCUCGAUGCCCUUGACCAGAGCGGCUACAGCCCACUGCAUGUAGCUGCUGCCAGGGGUAAGUAUCUGAUCUGCAAAAUGCUCCUCAGGUACGGGGCGAACCUAGAACUGCCCACGCAGCAGGGCUGGACCCCCCUGCACCUAGCCACGUACAAAGGCCACCUGGAGAUCAUCCACCUGCUGCUGGGGAGUCAGGCAGACGUGGGUGCUCCUGGAAGCAUGGCCUGGACCCCUUUGCACCUGGCAGCCCGCCACGGGGAGGAGGUGGUGGUCUCGGCACUGCUGCGGGGUGGGGCUGACCCCAAUGCUGCCGAGCGGGCAGGCUGGACUCCCCUCCACCUGGCGGUGCAGAGGGGUGCCUUCCUGAGUGUCCUCCACCUCUUGGAGCACCACGCAGACGUCCACGCUCGCAACAAGGUGGGCUGGACACCUGCGCACCUGGCUGCCCUAAAAGGCAACACAGCUAUCCUCAAAGUACUGGUCAAGGCCGGCGCCCUGCUAGACGUCCAGGAUGGAGUGGGCUGUACGCCCUGGCAGCUGGCUCUGAGGAGCCAGAACCAGGGGAUCGUGGCCUUCCUGGAAGGCAAGGAGCCCUCGCUGGCCAUUCUGGGUAGUGCAGAGCCGGAAGCGCACACUGAAGUGUAG